AUGGACAUGGGACUCUUGGGCCUGCCGGACAUAUCUCAGUAUCGCGGCAAGACCCUGCGGCACGCUCAGGGCAGGGGCCCAGUGGUGCGUCGGCGGCGGGAGUUCAUGCCAGAAGACAAGAAGGACACAGUUUACUGGGAGAAGCGGAAAAAGAACAACGAAUCAGCCAAGAGAUCCCGGGAAAAGCGACGUCUCCACGACGUGGCCACCGAGGGCAGGCUGGCUGCUCUGCUUCAGGAGAACACCCUGCUCAGGGCUGAGCUGCGGGAGCUCAAGCUGCACUUUGGCCUCCUGCCCCCUGUUGGUGGCCCUUGGACCUUGCCACUGCAGGCCCUGCUAUGGGAUUCCCCCUGGACUGGGGACCGCCACCCUGGGGCUGAACCACUCUUGUCGCUGCCUGACUCUCAUGGCUGCCUCUUAAGGCCGUGCUCCCUGGACACGGGGUUUCUGGGAUGCUGGAGCUGCCUGGUGGCUCACAGAAGGACUGGACUGGCCACUUCCCCCAGGUCCCCACAGGAGUGUGCACCCCCUACCCCCAACAGAAUUGAUACAGUCUUGCAGGCUGCUCUCCCAGCUGCUCUCUUUAACUGUCACCUCUUGGAUGGGCAUACGGGGCCCAGACCGGAGCUCAGGCCCUGCCGGGGGCUGUGGCCACCCAUGUCCCUAGGACACGGGGCUUCAGGGCCCUCAGAUGGGUUGCUGACACCCACUGCUGACUCCAUGGGGCUUCCCUCCGGGGUGACCUUCCCUGUCCCAGGGAAGAGUCCUGAAGGUCUGGACCAGCCUUCCCUGCCCCACAAACUACGUGUCAAGUCCCGAGCCUCAGGCAGGGUUCCCCAAGGCCGGAACGGUGGCCAGGGCCCCCUCUGA